CUGCAAGGCAGUUUCUUUGUCUUAUUUGGAAUCAGAGUUUGGUGGGUCUCUUUCUUCCUUUUCAUUCAAAAUCUUCUAUCUCUUAGUUAAAUGCCACUCUAAAGGGAAAUUUCUGGUGAACUUCCUCUGAAAGUGUCAUAGGAAACUGUCCUCUUUUUCUUUCUUUUACCGUUUGGCACUCUUAUAUUAAUUUCUAAGCGCCUCCACCUGCUCUAUCAACUUGUCAUAACUGUUCCUUGAUCAUUGAUACUAUGCUUUGAUUUUUAGGCCAGUAUUAAAUCAUAUAUAUAUGGAGAACAUAUAAAUUUUUGGCGUCUGAAUUCUGGUAUCUAGUAUCAUUUUAGUGGCCCUAUUAACAACAACUCUUCAUGUUGGUUUCAUAAGUAGAAAACUUAAUUUGGCUUCCUUGAUAUGGCUGACAAACUCAUUUCAAUACAAGAUGGGAGCAGAAUUCCAAUUUGCAGUUUAUUUAGGGAUACCAGACUUGUUUUCAAAGCAGACAACCUUGGUUGGGAAAUAUUGUCAAUUGCAGUGCCUUCUGCUAUGGCUUUGACAGCUGAUCCUAUUGCUUCACUGGUUGACACAGCAUUCAUUGGCCGAAUAGGUGCAGUGGAGCUUGCAGCUGUAGGAGUAUCCAUAGCUCUCUUCAAUCAAAUAUCAAGGAUUGCAAUUUUCCCACUCGUCAGUGUGACUACUUCUUUUGUGGCUGAGGAAGAUGCCCUUACAGCAGCCAGCCCUCUGGUAGAGGAUGGUGAAUCCUUGGAAGAAGGUUCCAUUCUGAAAGCUGAAAUCAAUGAACUUAUACCAGAUAAAGAUGGAGAUGUUCAGAAACCAAAUUUGAUCCAUAUGGACUCAAAUGUAGUUAAGGUUGAGCAUAAGAGAAGGCAUAUCCCUUCUGCAUCAUCUGCAUUGGUUAUUGGUGGUAUUCUUGGCCUUUUCCAGGCAAUAUUCCUCAUAUUUGCAGCAAAACCUUUAUUGCACUUCAUGGGAGUAAAUUAUGACUCUCCCAUGCUCAAACCUGCACAGAACUACCUGACAUUGAGAUCUCUUGGCGCGCCGGCUGUUCUUCUCUCGUUAGCAAUGCAGGGAGUCUUCCGAGGAUUUAAAGACACUAAAACACCUCUAUGUGCAACUUUGGCAGGAGAUUUGACCAACAUAGCACUGGAUCCUUUGUUCAUGUUUGUAUUCCGCUUAGGUGUUAGUGGUGCAGCCAUUGCUCAUGUUAUAUCUCAGUACCUAAUUUCUGUAAUACUCCUGUGGAAAUUGAUGCAAAAAGUUGAUCUUAUGCCUCCCAGCAUCAAGCAUCUGCAGUUUGAUCGAUUUCUCAAAAAUGGUUUUCUGUUGUUAAUGAGAGUAACUGCUGUAACAUUCUGUGUCACUCUGGCCACCUCACUAGCUGCACGCCAGGGAUCAAAAUCUAUGGCUGCAUUUCAAGUCUGCCUGCAGAUUUGGCUGGCAGUAUCUCUUCUUGCCGAUGGUCUUGCUGUUGCUGGGCAGGCAAUUCUUGCAGGCGCAUUUGCUGCCAAGGACUAUGACAAGGCCACUGAGACUGCGGCUCGAGUAUUACAGAUGGGUUUGGUUCUGGGAUUGGCUCUUGCAUUCAUUCUUGGUGCAGGACUUCCUUUUGGAGCUAAACUAUUUACAAGAGAUGUUGAUGUCCUCCACCUCAUAAAAAUUGGAAUACCUUUUGUUGCAGCCACCCAACCCAUCAAUGCUUUGGCAUUUGUAUUUGAUGGUAUUAACUUUGGUGCAUCUGACUUUGCAUAUUCAGCAUUCUCUUUGCUUAUAGUGGCAGUUGUCAGCAUCAUUUGCCUACUAUUUUUAUCAGCAUCAUUCAUAGGAAUUUGGGUUGCUUUGACCAUCUAUAUGGGUCUUAGAGCAUUUGCUGGCUUCUUGAGGAUUGGAACAGGAUCAGGACCUUGGAAGAUCCUUAGGAAGUGAGAGUAUUAGUCACCAUAUGACCAUAAUCAUAUUCAAAGGCAUAGCUUCAUUUAUUUGACCCCACUUUCAUAGGCUUCUACCAAAUUGUGCUUGGUUUGAUUGUUUGACAUGAUCUAUCUAUACUUCAAAUACAAUGUGCAGAAGAAAAAAAGGGGU